CGUCACUGUGAACCAGGUUCAGUAUAGUCCGUAAAUUUUCUGCAAGGUGUUACGUUCGACGUGUUUCUUCUGUUUAUUUUCGAUCACAAAAUACUCAAGUUUGCAACAACGAGCAGUGUUAUAUAUUGCGUGUUUCGCCUUAAAACGCGCGAACCUUUUGAAAAUUGUAUACGUAGGCAACAGGUGUCUAAUGUCGCACAUGUCUCUUUUCAACUGUAGCAAUAAUUUCUUAUCUUGAAAUUAAACAAUUAAACGUAGUCGUGUAGAAAUUUCUUAUUCUUUGAAAUUUACGUCAUGUUAAAAAAUGAUUGAUAGAAUUCUAUAUUAAAGUGUCCAUUUUAAUAAAGUUCUACGAUAAAAGUGUGAUAACCGUGUAUUGUUAAUCGUUAAUACGUAAAAAUGGAAUACGAUUAUCUUAUUAAAUUUUUGGCUCUUGGAAACUCUGGAGUCGGCAAGACAAGUUUUCUAUAUCAAUAUACCGAUGGCACGUUCGAGUCCCGUUUUAUAUCUACUGUUGGUAUCGACUUUAAGGAAAAACGUGUGAUAUACCAGACGGCAAAUGGUAGAACUCAACGUGUACAUUUACAGCUGUGGGAUACAGCUGGUCAAGAGCGGUUCAGAAGUCUAACUACAGCCUUUUACCGGGAUUCCAUGGGUUUCCUACUAAUUUUUGAUCUGACCAAUGAGCUGUCCUUUCUCGAAGUAAGAAAUUGGCUGGAGCAGCUUAGGACUCACGCAUAUUGCGAAGAUCCAGAUAUAAUUCUCUGUGGAAACAAAUCCGAUCUCGAAGACAAACGGGUUGUUAGUGAACAUAGGGCCCGGGAAUUAGCGGAGACGCAUGGCUUGGUCUACCUGGAAACGAGUGCAGCCACGGGUCAGAACGUGGCACGUGCCGUGGAGAUACUCCUGGACCGGGUGAUGCGCAGGAUGGAGACCACCAUGGACAAGUCGCUGCUGCCGCACCAAAGAGUAUUACGAUGCCACGAACGCGACACACCGCCGCCGAGUACUUCAUGCUACUGCUGACAUUGUUCUUACACGUAGCGUAGCUGAAUAACUUGCCUCGUGAAGCAUGCACUUUAUUCGGCUAACAACGUGGCCCAACUAACUUGUAUUCGAAUCUCCUAUCGUUUAAAUGUUCCAAGAUAUGCUACUUACGGCAAGAUAUGCACGGUAGGAUAUCAAGGAUAUAGAAAUUUCGGAGCAUUAUCACAAUUCAGAGUUGCAUACCUCUGUUCUAAGAGUUUCCGAUCGAACGAUCGAUAUUUUACUGUAUAUCUGCGAGCAAGAAGUACCUUGUAUAUUACACACUUGUGCAUUGUUGUAUUCUGAGAAAGGAUCCGCGUUGUUUCCCGUAUUCACGCGCACACUGUCUUCCAUUAACCGCUUCCCUUGGUACAAAGUUAUGUCUCGUCGUAAAUUCUGAACUGAAAUUGUACCUUCGACUUGUUGUACCUCUCGAUUCUUCGCAACAACGUGAUCUACCUGUUACUGUUGUACGCACAACGUGUUCAAUAUGUCGUGUCUGAUCUCUGUUCAAUCGCCAAAAAUUGUGAUACGGUAGCGUUGCGAUUACUUAGGAUGAAACGGUCGAUUUUCGAUAUAUAUGUAUUUUUGAUGCUGUUAUUGUGUCCAUACCAAAGUUCGUACGUCUAGUCGUUAAGUACUAUGCUGAGAAUACAAUCAAAUCGUCUGAUGCACCGUUUGUACUGUCGUUACUCGAAUGUUGACGAGUGUCGCUGUUCUUAUCAAGUUUUCACGCAGAAUGUAAUCGUAUCUUGCGAAGACUAUGUGUUAAUCCCCCUAGCUAUUAAGGGGGACUAUCAGCAAAUGUUUAUCUAUGCACGUCGCGGAGACUAUAUGUUGUUUCUUCCAAUUUUUACACCUGUGAAUUACGAUUAAUCGAGAAAUGUUCAAAUAUAUAAAGAUAUAUAUAUGCCUGUUGAAUAGCUACAGGGUGGGAUGAUAACUUGCUGAUUGUUCUACUUUAUAUCGAUCGUUGUCGAAGCAGAGAUGCAAAACCGUGCUGGUAUGAUAGUGUGAUGAAUCGUGCAACUUUAUACGUCUCCAUGGGACGACAUUUUCGUAAUAUUUCUCUUAGCAUAAAAAUUUCACCAGGCUGUUCGAAAUGAUAGAGAUAUUCCAAGUUAUUGCCCCAUCCUGUGUAUCGUGUCAUACGUCGACGUAAUAAAAGGAGACUGCACGAGUUAUAUCUGUUCCGGCGAAAUUCUGCCGCCCAUUUUCAGUUUGCUACGAUCUCAGGAGCAACGUGAAAUGAAAAUGCACGAUGUAUUUGAUACAAUGGUGAAUUAGGAUAGUGGAUUUUUGAUCUGACUUUUUCCCACGUACGAAUAGAAUCUCGAAAUUUCAUUAGUAUUGUAUUUUCACGUUUGUAUUCAUUGGACUUUGAAUGAAUUUUCAAAUUUGUGCGAUUCGUGUGAGUGUCGAUGUGUUCAAUUUCGACUGGAUCCUAGCAAGCUAAGCCGCAAUCGAAACACGAAAACUGUAACUUCGCGUGACGAUGUUCUUGUCGACGUGCGACUGCGUUUUACGAGAUUUUUCGCUCUAAACUGUUCGAUUAUCGUACCUAUCUGUUAAUUCAUCUGUAACGAAUCGUCGGCCGCAACGAGCGUGCCCUAUCGUGUAUACGUACUUACUCGCAUACUUUGUAAGAAUUCUAUCUCGAAGAAAUGGAUCUGAACAGAAAUCUCCGUAUAGGGAACAUCUCGCGGAGCAAAUAAACGCUCUACAGUUCUGCUUAAACGAGCUUCUAUCCGUUUAUCCGCGAAUCCUCAACUGGUAAGGCCAUAAAGCAGCGCGCCUAUGCCGGAUAAGCCAAAACUGAAAGCAACUGCUUCGCCAAAAAACUCGACAACAGUUUAAAGCCGGGGAACACGAAGUUCCAAGCAGAUUUCCGAUACAAUCAAUCAAACGUGAUGCCUUGAGAGCCCGAUGUGGGACGGUUCCAACUUUAUCUUGCCGGUCGAAGGUUGCGAAAGCGCCCAACUUUUCUUCGCUGUUGAGUUGGAGGCGUAAGGGAGAGAAAGAGAGAGAGAGAGAGAGAGAGAGA